AUGGCUUUGGAUGAUUGUAAUGACCCUUGGAUGUGCAGAGUUUUUCCUACCAGUUUGAUAGGAGCAGCACUAGAGUGGUUCAGGAAUAGACCGCAUAAAUCCAUCCCGGAUUACGUGACUCUAUGCACCAUGUUCCUGGCACAGUAUUGCGGAUAUAAGAAGCAAAAGAAGAGCAUUGCCAGCCUCUUCACCGUAAGGCAAAAAAGGGGAGAAACAUUGCAGGAUUUCUUAUCAAGAUUCAACAUGGAAGCCUCAGAAAUAGUGGAUUGUCAUCCCGUAACUGCUAUAGAGACAUUUAAACUCGCGAUGAUUCAGGGGACGAAGUUCUACACUUCUUUAGUCAAGUAUUCUCCUCCCAACAUGCAGACUUUCAAUGCUAGGGCCCAAAUCUACAUUCGGCUUGAGGAAAAUUUAGCCCACCGAGUGCAGCACGCCACCCUCGUGACAGUGGAAAACAAGCCUCGAGAAAGAGUUCCAAUUCUAAAGAUUCAAAAAAGCCAACGUUCCUCAAUGCCGAUCACCCAGGCACCUGAAAAAAGGCAAAGGGUAGAGGAAGGAUUUACACCUCUCCGAACUACCUUGGCUCGGCUCUUCCAAGAGAAUAAGAUGAAGUUCAUAACUCCGCAGCCAAUAAAGCAACCCCUGGAGCAAAGGGACAAAAGCAAGCAUUGCGCUUAUCAUCGAGAUUAUGGGCAUUCAACCAAUGAUUGUAGAUCCCUCAGGUGA